UAGGCGCACCAAUAAUUUCAACGGACAUCGCGGACCGGAGAUUUUAAAAAGAAAAAAGAAGAGCAAAACAAUCUCCGGCAUGUCACCGGCGGUCGGAGCCGCCGCACCUCUGCUCACGAGGAGAGAGACUCCGGCGGAAAGAAGGCUGCUGAUAUGCAGGGCGGUGUUCAACGUCAGCACCACCAUCAUCGGCGCCGGAAUCAUGUCUAUCCCCGCCACCCUCAAGGUGGUGGGUGUGAUUCCGGCGUUCAUUUUGAUGGCGGUGAUGGCGGUGCUGGUGGAUAUAUCAGUGGAUUUCCUGUUGAGGUUCACGUACGCCGGGAAUGCAACGACCUAUGCGGGUUUGAUGAAGGAGUCGUUUGGAAAGAUGGGAUCUUUGCUUCUGCAGAUCUGUAUAAUUAUCACUAGUCUUGGUUGCUUGAUCAUGUACCUAAUUAUCAUUGGUGAUGUUCUGUGUGGGAAUGGGUCACCGGACCAUUUGGGAGUUUUGCAAGAGUGGUUUGGCAAUCACUGGUGGAAUUCCCGCGCUUUCGCCAUCUUUUUCGUUGUUCUGUUUGUCAUGUUACCUCUUGUUUCGUACCGCCGCGUAGAGUCGUUGUGGUGGAGUUCGGCGCUAGCAGUAGUGCUCGCACUUGUGUUUGUCGGGGUGUGUGUAGUAAUGGCAAUCUGUGCCCUCGUUAAUGGCGAAACGCAGACCCCGAGGCUCCUUCCUCGCCUACCCGACGGCCCUUCCUUCCUCAACCUUUUCACCGCGGUUCCUGUCAUUGUCACGGCAUUCACCUUUCACUUCAAUGUUCAUCCCAUUGGAAUAGAGCUAGGCAAGCCUUCAACAAUGGCUACCGCAGUGAAGAUCUCACUCCUACUCUGCGCCCUCGUCUACUUCUCCAUCGGCAUUUUCGGGUACCUCUUGUUCGGCGAAGCCAUCAACGCCGACAUACUAGUGAACUUCGCCGCCGCCGGAACCUCCUCCGGAUCCGCCACCGGCGCCGUCCUGAACGACGUCGUGCGGCUGAGCUACGCCUUGCACCUGGUCAUGGUCUUCCCCUUGCUCAACUACCCGUUAAGGUCGAACAUUGAUGAACUCUUCUUCCCGGAGAAGAAGCUUCACUUGUCAAACGACACGGUUCGAUUCGCGUGCCUCUCGUUGGUGCUGCUGGCGCUGGCGUAUGGUGCCGCCGUUCUUGUUCCGAGUAUUUGGUACAUUUUCCAGUUCUUGGGAUCCACCUCCGCCGUUUUGCUCGCCUUCAUCUUCCCCGGCGCCAUUGCUCUCAGGGAUAUUCAUGGCAUUUCAAGUAGAAAAGAUAAGAUAGUAGCAACAAUUAUGAUCAUUCAAGCCAUUGUUACCAGCUGCAUAGCCAUAUCCAGCAAUGUCUACAAUAUCAUCACUGGAGCCAAUUCUUAGCUCAUCUCUCUUAUAUUGUUCUCUAAUAUAUAGCUGAGUGGCAAAUACACACACACACACACACACAUGUAUGUAUGUAUGCAUGUAUGUACUUCUAUAGAGGUAUAAUAACCAUCAUUGCCUGCCCGACUCGGGCAAAUUGGGCACUCGUUCUGCCUGAGUCGGGCAAGUAAGCUUGUCUUGCCCGACGACCACAUUUUAUUUCGUGGUUUUUUUGUAAACUCUUCAAUGGGUUUUAUCUCUUUUUUCAACAUUAUGGCAUAUAGAGGAUUAAUGAUCGAGGUGCUUAAAGGUAAUUAAAUAUAAAAUGUUUAUGUGAUCGUCGGGCAUGAUGAGAAUGUCUGAAGUGAAUAUAUGCUUCUCUUUCGU